GGCCCUCGGCCAAGAUGGCGGCCUACCUGCAGUGGCGGCGAUUCGUUUUCUUCGAGAAGGAGCUGGUGAAGGAGCCGCUGGGUAAUGAUGGGGCCGCUCCCGGGGCCGCGCCGGCCUCUGGAUCGUCUGCUUCCAAGUUCCUUUGCCUCCCUCCUGGCAUCACUGUCUGUGACUCUGGCCGCGGGAGCCUGGUCUUUGGAGAUAUGGAAGGCCAGAUCUGGUUCCUGCCACGCUCCCUACAUCUUACAGGCUUCCAGGCCUAUAAACUGCGUGUGACACACCUGUACCAGCUGAAGCAGCACAAUAUUCUGGCCUCAGUUGGGGAGGAUGAAGAGGGCAUUAACCCCCUGGUAAAGAUCUGGAACCUGGAAAAGAGGGAUGGUGGCAAUCCGCUGUGCACUCGGAUCUUCCCUGCCAUCCCAGGGACAGAGCCAACUGUGGUGUCUUGUUUGACGGUUCAUGAAAAUCUCAACUUUAUGGCCAUUGGUUUCACAGAUGGCAGUGUGACUCUGAACAAGGGAGAUAUCACCCGGGACCGCCAUAGCAAGACCCAGAUCUUGCACAAGGGCAACUAUCCUGUUACUGGACUGGCCUUCCGCCAGGCGGGGAAGACCACCCACUUGUUUGUUGUGACAACUGAAAGUGUCCAGUCCUAUAUAGUUUCUGGAAAGGACUACCCCCGUGUGGAGUUGGACACCCAUGGUUGUGGUCUGCGCUGCUCCGCCCUGAGUGACCCUUCUCAAGACCUGCAGUUCAUUGUUGCGGGAGAUGAGUGUGUCUACCUCUAUCAGCCAGAUGAACGUGGGCCCUGCUUUGCCUUUGAGGGCCAUAAGCUCAUCGCUCACUGGUUCAGAGGCUACCUUGUCAUUGUCUCCCGAGACCGGAAGGUUUCUCCCAAGUCAGAGUUUACCAGCAGGGAUUCCCAGAGCUCUGACAAGCAAAUUCUCAACAUCUAUGACCUGUGCAACAAGUUCAUAGCCUACAGUGCUGUUUUUGAGGAUGUAGUGGAUGUGCUCGCUGAGUGGGGCUCCCUGUACGUGCUGACGCGGGAUGGGCGGGUCCACGCAUUGCAGGAGAAGGACACACAGACCAAACUGGAGAUGUUAUUUAAGAAGAAUUUAUUUGAGAUGGCAAUUAACUUGGCUAAGAGUCAACAUCUGGACAGUGAUGGACUAGCUCAGAUUUUCAUGCAGUAUGGAGACCAUCUCUACAGCAAGGGCAACCAUGAUGGAGCUGUUCAGCAGUAUAUCCGAACCAUUGGAAGGUUGGAGCCAUCCUAUGUGAUCCGUAAGUUCCUGGAUGCCCAGCGCAUCCACAACUUGACUGCCUACCUACAGACCCUGCAUCGGCAGUCACUGGCUAAUGCUGAUCAUACCACCCUGCUUCUGAACUGCUACACCAAGCUCAAGGACAGCUCGAAGUUGGAGGAAUUCAUCAAGACAAAGAGCGAGAGUGAAGUCCACUUUGAUGUGGAGACAGCCAUCAAGGUCCUCCGGCAGGCCGGCUACUACUCCCAUGCCCUCUAUCUGGCUGAGAACCAUGCACAUCAUGAGUGGUACUUGAAGAUCCAGCUAGAGGACAUUAAGAACUAUCAAGAAGCCCUGCAGUAUAUUGGUAAGCUGCCUUUUGAGCAGGCAGAGAGUAACAUGAAGCGCUACGGCAAGAUCCUAAUGCACCACAUACCGGAGCAGACAACCCAGUUACUGAAAGGACUGUGUACUGACUAUCGGCCCAGUCCAGAAGGCCGAGGCGAUCAGGAGGCUCCAGGCUUUCGGGCCAACUCUGAGGAGUUCAUCCCCAUCUUUGCAAACAACCCGAGAGAGCUGAAAGCGUUCCUGGAGCACAUGAGCGAAGUGCAGCCAGACUCCCCCCAGGGCAUCUAUGACACACUCUUGGAGCUGCGGCUGCAGAACUGGGCCCACGAGAAGGAUCCACAGGCCAAGGAGAAGCUUCACGCAGAGGCCAUCUCCCUGCUGAAGAGCGGCCGAUUCUGCAAUGUGUUUGACAAGGCGCUGGUCCUGUGCCAGAUGCACGACUUCCAGGAUGGGGUCCUUUACCUCUACGAGCAGGGGAAGCUGUUCCAGCAGAUCAUGCAUUACCACAUGCAGCACGAGCAGUACCGCCAGGUGAUUGCCGUGUGCGAGCGCCAUGGGGAGCAGGACCCCUCCCUGUGGGAACAGGCCCUCAGCUACUUUGCCCGCAAGGAGGAAGACUGCAAGGAGUAUGUGGCCGCUGUGCUCAAGCAUAUCGAGAACAAGAACCUCAUGCCCCCCCUUCUAGUGGUACAGACCCUGGCCCACAACUCCACAGCUACCCUGUCCAUCAUCCGAGAUUACCUGGUCCAAAAACUGCAGAAACAGAGCCAGCAGAUUGCACAAGAUGAGCUGCGGGUGAGGCGGUACAGAGAGGAGACCACUCGCAUCCGCCAGGAAAUCCAGGAACUCAAGUCGAGUCCAAAGAUCUUCCAGAAGACCAAGUGCAGCAUCUGUAACAGUGCCUUGGAGCUGCCCUCAGUCCACUUCCUGUGUGGCCACUCCUUCCACCAGCACUGCUUUGAGAGUUACUCAGAAAGCGAUGCUGACUGCCCCACCUGCCUCCCAGAGAACCGCAAGGUGAUGGAUAUGAUCCGGGCCCAGGAGCAGAAACGAGAUCUCCAUGAUCAGUUCCAGCACCAGCUCAAAUGCUCGAAUGACAGCUUCUCCGUGAUUGCUGACUACUUUGGCCGAGGGGUUUUCAACAAGUUGACUCUCCUGACAGACCCUCCUGCAGCCAGACUUACUACCAGCCUAGAGGCUGGGCUGCAGCGGGACUUGUUGAUGCACUCCAGGAGAGGGACUUAGUCAGCAGCUCCUGGGAAAGCCUGGAACUCUGGGCCCCUAAAGCACACAUGUGGCCUCAGGUGAUCUGUUGUAGCGGACAAGACCACAGUUCCAGACCCUCAGGACUCGAGACGGAAUCUGCUUUUCCUUCCUCCUUUGCCAGCCUGCUCCCCUCCUGCUGACCAGAAAUAUAGAUUAUUCCACACCAGUGAGGAAGGGCACCUCAGCAACCUCUCUGUGGACAAUAGCAGCUUUAUUCUCUGUUCAAGGGCACCAGGCUGUGCUUGGGUCCUUGUUCUCAGAGCCUAUAAAUAAAAGAGUAUAAUGACUUGA